AUUGUGACACACUAGCAUCCCGAACAUCAUCUCGCGGGCGCGCGCACUAGCUCAAACUGCUGCCCCCGGGCUGCAAAGAUGGAGGCAGCAAAGGACGCUGCUUCCCGCCGACGAGUCGACCAGGCGGCGCGCUUUCCCGACGCAAAUGACGUGCUCACAGCAAUCAUGGCGUUCCUCGAUGUGCGCACCGUCGGCGGCGUCGCCGCACAAAUGAGUCGGCGGUGGCGUCGGGCCGCGGUCACGCCCGCGCUCUGGCAAGGCUUCGUCCAGCGGCGCUGGCCCGACGUCUGGUCUGGACUCGCGGCGCGAAAGGCUCUCGACGCGCGCGCGCUGUACGCCCGGCUGGCCUGUCCCCAGCCGCGGAGGGAGACGACGCCCGAGGGAGUCUUGGUUCUCUUCGAGCUCAAAGUAGACGGGAAGACGUUGAUUUCGGCGACGGCGCCGCUCGAUGAAAUGCAACGGCAAAGCGCGGCGGCUAGCUCUAGCUACUACGAAAACACACUUCGGCUGCGGCCGGCGCCGUCCGCGGCAUACGAUGUUCUGGUCGCCCAGGUCGCCGCGGAAGACCCGAUUCGCAAUCGCGCUCGUGAAAUCAGCAUGGGCAAACGAAACAUUAGCUGGAAGGAGGCGCUAGAGCAAGCCGGCGGCGUGCCUUCGAGGAUGACAGAAGGGACUGUGCGGGCGUCGUUAUCUCUCAUCCGGCGCGCAGACGGCGCCGUCGUACGCACGGAACUGGAGCUCAUGGCCACAUGCAAUCAGGGCAUCGAAUUCAACGGCACUUUAUACCCGAUCCAGCCCGAACGCUCCUGGGUGCGGCGACGGGCGAUGGCUCGCCAGGACAAGCACGAGGCGACUCUCCGCGCGGCAGGCGCCACGCCGGAAGAGGUGGAGAGGAAGCGCCGCGGGGGCGAUGUGCGCGAGCUCGGCCUAGACCUCUAUCUCACGUUCGACGGCCGACCGGCCGAUUUUCCCAUGGGUUUCAGCGAGAUGAUCGCCGAGGCUUGGCAGCCUGGCGACGUUGCGAUGAUAUUCAGGGAAGACACAUUCGACGGAUUCUGCGAGCUCCCGGACGGUGACAAGGACCAAGGUUGCGUGGGAAUAUCGGCGGGCUACAGCAGUAGCAUGAAGCUCGACACAUGCGCCCUCGACGGCCUCGAGUGGACCGGCGUAUAAGAUACAAUAGCAUA